AGCACGGCUCGCGGCCGCGCCCGCCGCUGCCUGGCCCCGAGCCCAUGCAGGCCAUCAAGUGCGUGGUGGUUGGUGACGGCGCCGUGGGGAAGACAUGCUUACUGAUCAGCUACACGACCAACGCCUUCCCUGGGGAAUACAUCCCCACUGUUUUUGACAACUAUUCAGCCAACGUGAUGGUGGAUGGGAAGCCAGUCAACCUGGGGCUGUGGGACACCGCUGGGCAAGAGGACUAUGACCGGCUGCGGCCACUCUCCUAUCCCCAAACUGACGUCUUUCUGAUCUGUUUCUCCUUGGUGAGCCCAGCUUCCUUUGAGAAUGUUCGUGCCAAGUGGUACCCAGAGGUGCGGCACCACUGCCCCCACACGCCAAUCCUAUUAGUGGGUACCAAGCUCGAUCUUCGUGAUGACAAGGACACCAUUGAACGGCUGCGGGACAAGAAGCUGGCACCCAUCACCUACCCACAGGGCCUGGCCAUGGCCCGAGAGAUUGGUAAGCACAGCAGGGCCCAGGUGGAAGAGGAGAGGGUGUGUGCUCUGGGGUGGUGGCUUACUCUGCCUGUGCUGCCCUCCACUCCCACCCCACUGCCCCAAACUCUCCUGUCCUCUGCCUCACUGUCCCUUUCCCCAUCUGCUGUCCUAGGCUCUGUCAAAUACCUGGAAUGCUCGGCUCUAACCCAGCGGGGCCUGAAGACGGUGUUUGAUGAGGCCAUCCGGGCAGUGCUCUGCCCACCUCCUGUGAAAAAGCCAGGCAAGAAGUGCACGGUCUUCUAGAGCCCCAGUCCCUGGGCCAGCCUGGCAAAGGAGCAGCCCCUGGGCCAAAUGUGCUGUUGUGUUGAGCUGUCUAGUGUCCAAGUCUGCUGUGGGGGGUGGCGGGGGGAGGGGAAGCAUGGGGACAAGGCUGGGGUGACAGGAUCCUGUCUCCUCUACCUUCUCUUUCUGGGGUGCAGCUUCAGCCUUCCCUGGCCCUCAUGGGAGCUGGGAGGGAGCAGGGUCUCCCUCAAGGCUGUAGGGACAGGUCCAGGGCAGCCCCAGGACGGGCUUCCCUGAUGGGUGAGGAGGUUGUCCAUUGGGUCCAGGAAGGGGUAGCCCCUUCUUAUUUUAUACAAUAAACAUUCUUCACCAAUGUCUCCUAUCUCUCACUACCCUCUACCUGGGUUUGGGAGUGCUCCUAACCAUCCCAAAUAGCAGGUGCAGGACACUGGGACUCUCUCCAGCAACACCUUAGAGUACAAGUUCCCAGAGAAGGGCUCUGAGCUUGGUCUCUUACUCCCAGGUAAGAGGAGAGACUGCCAACACCUAGAGACUAGAUCAAAGCAGGGCAAGUACCUAUAGCAUCUUUAGGUGCUGACAGGCCUGAUGCUGCCCUGGGAUCUAGUGAGAGUGGGAGACACACUGGAGUGUGGAGGGCUGGGCUGUUCAGCAGCUCCCAGUGGUGCUCAGAAAGGAUGGCCAGCUGGAACCCUAGGAGAUUCCCAGCAGUUUCCACAACACCCUCUAC